AUGCCAGUUUUGGACCAGGAGCCCUCCAAAGAUUCAGGGGGCGGAGAUGGUCUUCCUAAGCUGCCGCUCCCCAUCCUGAAAGACACACUGGACAUGUACCUGAGGUGUGUGAAGCACCUGCUCACAGAGGAACAGUUCAACAAGACCCAAAAUGUAGUGAAGCAGUUUGGAGCCCCUGGGGGAGUGGGGGAGCUACUACAGAGCAAACUCGUGGAGAGGAGGGAGAAAAAGGCAAACUGGGUGUAUGACUACUGGCUGAAUGAUAUGUACCUGAACAACAGACUGGCUCUCCCCGUCAACUCCAGUCCUGUGAUGGUCUUCCCACAGCAGCACUUCAAGGCUCCCAUCGACUCUUUAAGGUUUGCUGCACACUUAAUUUCUGGAGUUUUGGAGUACAAGACUCUUCUUGAUUCACGGGCCCUGCCUGUGGACUACGCUCGGGGCCAGCUGGCUGGAACCCCUCUGUGUAUGGAGCAGUACUAUCGCCUCUUCACUUCCUACCGCCUACCGGGGCCUGAGAGGGACACACUGGUGGCCCAGGAGAGUAGCGUUAUGCCAGAACCCGAACACAUCAUUGUGGCUUGUAAAAACCAGUUCUUUGUGCUGGAUGUGGUGAUCAACUUCCGCCGACUGAAUGAAAGAGACCUGCUGGCUCAGCUGGAGAAGACUGCGAGGAUGGCUGACAGCGAUGAAGAGCGUGUCCCACCUAUUGGUCUCCUCACUUCAGAUGGACGGACAGAGUGGGCCGAAUCUCGCAGUGUGCUCAUGAAAGAGUCUACUAACAGGGACUCCCUGGACAUGAUUGAGCGUUGUCUGUGUCUGGUCUGUCUGGAUGAUGCCAGUGGGCCCGAGCUAAGUGACUCCGCACGUGCGGUGUUGAUGCUGCACGGCGGAGGAGUGGCCAAGAAUGGGGGCAACCGCUGGUACGACAAACCCAUGCAGUUUGUUGUAGGAGCUGGCGGCUGCUGUGGAGUCGUGUGUGAACACUCACCAUUUGAGGGAAUUGUCCUUGUGCAGUGCACAGAGUUUCUUCUCAAAUACAUGAUUGGCAGCCCAUCAAAGCUGGUUAGGGCUGCAAGUGUGAGCGAGCUGCCUGCACCACGCAAGCUCCGCUGGAAAUGUACUCCAGAGAUUCACAAACUCCUCGCCUCUUCUGCUGACAAACUACAGAGGCAGGUGGAAAAUCUGGACAUGAAUGUCCACAAAUUCUACAAUUACGGGAAAGAGUUCAUCAAAAAGCAGAAAAUGAGUCCCGAUGCCUACAUCCAGGUUGCUCUUCAGUUAGCCUACUACCGAUGUCACAGCAGACUGGUGUCAACCUAUGAGAGUGCUUCUAUACGGCGUUUUCAGAAGGGCAGAGUGGACAACAUCCGCUCAGCCACACCAGAAGCCCUGGCCUUUGUCAAAGCAAUGACGGAUGGGGAACUGAGCACAAGCGAGACAGAAAAGAUGGAGCUGUUACAAAGUGCCAUAAACAUGCAGACAAAGUAUACUAUUCUGGCUAUUACAGGGAUGGCAAUAGACAAUCACUUACUAGGACUACGUGAAAUUGCACAUGAACUAAAGAUGGAGAAGCCAGAAAUCUUCAAAGACGAAGCCCAUCUCAUCAGUAAUCAUUUCAUUCUCUCUACAAGUCAGGUUCCUACUACUGUUGAGAUGUUCUGCUGCUACGGACCUGUGGUUCCAAACGGAUAUGGAGCGUGCUACAACCCUCAGUCAGACCACAUUAUCUUCUGUGUGUCCAGUUUCCACGAGAGCCCAGAGACAUGUUCAACAGAAUUUGUCAAGUGUCUGGUACAGGCUCUUCUAGACAUGAGGGAUCUGUGCAAUAAAUGUAACUCCGGCUCCAAUCCGACCCAGCAAAGACAGGGUCAGACGCUAGAGACGCACACGCAAACAGACACAAGCUGGCAAAGGAAAACACUGCAGAGACCAACUGAACUGACCAAGAAUCAGCAAACGCUGCCACAAAUUCUGCUAAAGACCCCUGACCAGACUAAAGUGGAGGCUCAAACCCAGACUUCAUCACAAGGAGAUGCACAAGGUUUGAAUAAUGGAAGUAAAUCAUAG